AUGGGAAAGGUGGAUUUCUUGGAUUCUCCAAACAAGGUGUUCCGUUUAAGUUUCAUUAAUUUUGAUGAUUGCGCUAUGUACUACUUGGGGAUUCAAUGCACCAUCUUCCCUGAAGGAAUGACAGUUUGGGUGGCCAACCGAGACAAUCCCUUGAAAGAUAUCCCAGUUCUCCAAAUUACUCCUCAUGGAGACCUCCUACUCCAUGACAACCAUGAAACUGCUAUCCCUUUACACUCUCUAAUUCCGGCAGCAAUAAAUAUUAAUACUACCGCCACACUUCUUGAUACUGGAAAUUUCAUUUUGAAAGGAGGAGAUAAUAAUGAUGAGAUUCUAUGGCAAAGUUUUCAUUAUCCAUCUAACACACUUUUUCCAGGCAUGCAGUUGGGAUUGUUUGACAUCAAGUCUGGAAAGGCUCGAAACGUUUCUAUCACUUCUUGGUUAAGUCCACUUGUUCCAGCUCGAGGAGCAUUCAGGCUUGGUAUUGAUCCAAACAACACAAAUCAGCUAGCGAUUUGGCGUAGAGAUUCUCUUUACUGGCAAAGUGGGAACUGUAAUGGCCACAACUUUAGCUUCUUGAGUAAUUUUCAAGAUAUUGACAAAUUGAAGUUCAAACAUAUCUCAAAUGAGGAUGAGAGCUACUAUACCUUUACAAUGGUUUCCGAUAUUUAUUAUUCAUUGAUUGAGAUGAACUCGUCUGGAGAUGUUAACAUAUAUAUAUUUCAGCACAAUAAGGAACGGCAACAAAGGGCGGUACUUGUGAGUUGUGAUAAAGAAGCAAAGUGUAUGUCCAAGGGCUGUAUAAACCAAAACCCGUCCAAGUGUAGUAAUGGAGAUUAUUUCGAAUCAAGAACUGGAGCUUUGGAUCACUGGGACAUCAUGGACAAUCGCAGUCUGGGCCUUAGUGACUGCCAACAGAUUUGUACAAAAAACUGUUCCUGUAAUGCCUAUGCAACUUUUCAUUCUGAUGGAACGGGAUGUCAAUUUUCAAAUAACCCAGAACCUAAUGCAGAAUUUGGAGAGCAUGCAGAUCAAUUGUAUUACAAGCGUAGCAGCAGCAAGAAAAAAGGCGACAAAAUUUUGCAUCCUCCCGAAAAUCCAAAUAAGAAUCCGCAUUGGAUAAGGAUCAUUGUUCAACUGGUCAUCUUGAUAACUGUUGCUUCAAUCUGCGCAUUGUGCUAUUUCCAACUGAUGAAAUCCUGCUUUGGAGGUAAAAAAGGAAGCAGCAAGGAUGCAACGACUGAAACAGAGACAUUGAAACGCGAAUUGAACACUAGCAUUGCAUCAAUUAAUGAGCUCCGAGGCACACACAAACUGAAGUUUAAUGGACUGCAGGAUAUUAAGUUACCUCUAUUCAGCUUUUCUAUCAUAGAAACUGCCACAAGAUACUUUUCUAACACAAAUAAAUUAGGUGAGGGUGGUUUUGGACCCGUCUAUAAGGGUAUAUUGGCUGAUGGACAAGAGAUUGCAGUGAAAAGACUAUCGAAAAGAUCUAGACAAGGACCAGAGGAAUUCAAAAACGAAGUUAUGUUAAUAUCGAAACUGCAGCACAGGAAUCUUGUUAGAUUAUUGGGCUGUUGCAUUAAAGGACAAGAAAGGAUAUUGGUUUAUGAGUAUUUGCCAAACAAGAGCUUGGACUCAUUCCUUUUUGAUGCAGCAAAACGACAGUUACUGGAUUGGAGACAACGUGUGAACAUCAUUGCAGGGAUUGCUCAGGGCCUUCUGUACCUCCACAAGUAUUCUAGACUGAAAAUCAUCCAUAGAGAUUUAAAAACUAGCAAUAUAUUAUUAGACAGUAACAUGAGACCAAAGAUAUCUGAUUUUGGCACGGCAAAAAUCUUUGGAGAGGAUGAAUCUAGUGCCAACACUGUUCGGAUUGUUGGGACAUAUGGUUAUAUGCCACCUGAGUACGCCAUGGAUGGUAUUUUCUCAGAGAAAUCUGAUGUAUUCAGCUUCGGAGUCAUGAUGCUAGAAAUCCUAAGUGGCAAGAAAAACAAUGCAGGAUUCCAUCAGUCAAAUGAAUUUAUAAAACUAUCAGAACAUGCAUGGCAUUUGUGGAAAGAAGGAAGAUGCUCAGAGUUAAUGGACCCAGCAAUUUUAGGAUCAUGUACAUCAAUGAGUGAAUUCAUUCAGUGUGUUAAAGUUGGUCUCUUGUGUGUGCAAGAAAAUGCAGCAGAUAGGCCAACCAUGGCAGAUGUUGUGUCGAUGCUUGGAGGUGAUAUGAUACCUUUCCCAGAUCCGAAACAACCAGCUUUCUCUUUUUCUAAAAGAGUAGAUCAUGACAAUAAGUUGCCACAGAAUCUAGAAACCUACUCUCUCAAUGAUUUGACAAUCUCAAGUUUACAUGGUCGAUAG